AUGGCGAGGCUAUUUGAAAUGAUGAACGACAUCACUGAUCGCAAGGAUUUAUGGAAGCUUGCUGUCAAAAUACAUCACAAAUGGAAGGUUAUCACCACUACGAAGGAGCAUUUUGAGAUGGUAGUUAUAGACAAACAAGGCCAUGACAUCCAUGUUGUUGUUCCAACAAUAUUUAGACAAACAUUUGAUUCGGCUUUAUCUGUUAAUGUGACUUGCACGAUGUCGAACUUCCAAGUACAACUAAAUGAUUUGAUUUUCAAACCCACAUCCCACAAAUAUCUUUUGAAGUUCACUGGUGGGAUAAGAAUUAGAGAUACUGGUAAACAUGACAUCCCUAAUAAGGUGAUUAACCUUACCCCAUAUGCAGACAUCGUCGCGGGAAAAUGGCCGAAGAAUCUCCUAAUAGAUGUUAUAGGUGUGGUUGAUAAAAUUAGAUACUCCCGGUCCUAG